UCGUUGAUGUGUGCGAGCGUGUGACAAGGAAAGGGACGAAGGAGGACGCGUUGACGAAGAGUGGGGAGAAAGCGGCGACCGAACCGCGGGCCUCCCACAUCACGGAUCGUCAUUCCUAGCCGAGAGUCUUGGACGUUCGCGACGCUUCUCCAGCCCCAGAAACAAGGGAUUCGAGCGAUUUUUAUUUUAACGCGCACGUUUCCACCGUGCUACGUCACGGUUAACGCGUAAUCGUGAGUCGAUAGUCCGCUAAUUAGAACCGAACGCCGAAUAUCGUUUCCCUCCCUUGACUACCCUCUCCCUUGGAAACUUUGCCUAUUCGUUUCCCCCUCCAACUCGUAUCCUUUGGCUCGCGUUAUACAUCCCUCGGGCAGUCGAGAGACAGGGGCAGGGAGAAAGCGCGAACGAAAGUCGGCGUAAAGAGUGGAGAAGGAUCAGUGCGAGCACAUACGUCGAGAAGGGCGGUUCGACGUAAGAAGUUUAAGUUCUCGAUUGGCAUCGUUUGGGGAAAGGCCUGGUGUUUGGUACACACGCGGCUCACUUGGGAUAUAUAUUCGUUACGUAGCAAGGCGCCGUGUUGUGGUGCUAGCGCGUGUGGGUGUACCACCGGCGUUCCGUUCAGUCCGCCAAAAAGUGAAUCGGACGUACCGUAGCGGGACAGGAGACUUGGAUCGCCCGACCGUUUCCGAUCGACCGAGAAACACGCUCGUUAGAGCGAGAAUAAACGCGCAGCUUGCCAGAGGCUCCUUCGCGCCAGCGAUUUUACACGCGACUCGUUCCCGUGCUUUUUAGCGAGGAUGUCGCACAAGAUGCAGGGCCAAGGAGCACCGGUUCACGGGGGCAAAUUUCAGAGAACACCAAUGCGCCCAAUGAUAGCGGAAUACGACCCAAAGAAGCACGGUGUGAAAACAGAACUCACAGACAUGGUUCUCGUCAAAUACAAGUGCGAGAAAAAUGACGUACCGAUUACCGUCACGAACGGCUCGACGUUGCCGCUCGUGGAACGACCGAACGACGAGGAGGCCGCACUCUACAAUCCGUUCGAGCACAGGAAGCUCGCGCAUCCGACCUCGGACCUCGACACCCUCAUACAUCUGCUCAAGGGCAGCCUGGGCACCGGGAUACUGGCGAUGCCGAUGGCCUUCCGCAACGCGGGUCUCCUGUUCGGUUUGUUCGCCACGUUCUUCAUCGGGGCUGUUUGCACCUACUGCGUGCACAUAUUGGUGAAAUGCGCCCACGAACUGUGCAGGCGGAUGCAAACGCCCAGCCUGGGAUUCGCGGACGUCGCGGAGGCGGCGUUUCUGGUUGGUCCCGAGCCGGUGCAGAAGUAUGCCCGGCUGGCAAAAGCAACUAUCAACUCGUUCCUCGUGAUCGACCUGAUAGGUUGUUGCUGCGUGUACAUAGUCUUCAUCUCCAGCAACGUGAAGGAGGUGGUCGACUAUUAUUCCCAGACCGAUCGAGAUGUACGACUUUACAUGGCGGCGUUAUUGCCACUGUUGAUCAUUUUCUCCCUGGUGAGGAACCUGAAGUAUCUGGCGCCGUUCUCCAUGAUCGCGAACGUUCUGAUCGCUACUGGAAUGGGGAUCACGUUCUACUACAUCUUCAGCGACCUGCCCACCAUUAGCGACCUGCCAAACUUCUCGAGCUGGUCUCAGUUACCUCUGUUCUUCGGCACGGCCAUCUUCGCCUUGGAAGGCAUCGGUGUUGUAAUGCCCCUGGAGAACAAUAUGAAGACCCCGACGCAUUUCAUCGGUUGUCCCGGUGUCCUGAACACCGGCAUGUUCUUCGUGGUGCUGUUGUACAGCACGGUCGGUUUCUUCGGCUACUGGCGGUACGGCGAGGACACGAAAGCAUCGAUCACGUUGAACCCACAACAAGACGAGAUCCUCGCUCAGGCGGCGAAGCUGAUGAUUGCCGUAGCGAUUUUCCUGACCUACGGUCUGCAGUUCUACGUGCCAAUGGAGAUCAUCUGGAAGAACGCCAAACAAUACUUCGGUUCGCGGAAGAUGAUCGCCGAGUACACGAUCCGUAUCAUCCUGGUAGUGUUCACAGUUGGCAUGGCGAUUGCUAUACCAAAUCUAGGUCCGUUUAUAUCUCUGGUGGGCGCCGUUUGUCUGUCCACUUUGGGACUCAUGUUCCCAUCCGUGAUCGAGCUGGUGACCGUCUGGGAGCAAGAGAACGGCCUGGGCGCUUAUUACUGGAGACUGUGGAAGAACCUGGCGAUCAUCGCGUUUGGCGUUCUGGGCUUCUUGACCGGCACCUACGUGAGCAUCCAGGAGAUCCUCGAGGAGCACAAAUGAAGCGCCGGGUUCGAAGGAGCUGCGGUGCGACGGAAUAAUCGCUCAGCGCGUACCACAGAUGCCGGCGUGUUCGACACCACCCGCGCUCCCCGCGAGGGACCUCGUCGGACGACCAGGACGACGACGACUAGGACGGCGGGACAUGCCGCCGACGCCGCCGCUGGAGCAACCAGGACGAGUUACGCGGCCACGCGAGCUCCGAACUUCUAGCUUCGUCUCGCUGCUUCUCUUUCCACAUCGGUAGUACGACGACCGUACCGACGACGAAGACGUCACACGUAGAUGGGCCCUAAUCCCUCUCAUAUGGCCCACCUUGAGUUUUUACAUUCUAUCCUUUCGUUUGUUCUUUUUUAUUUUGACCCUCCGUUGCACGAUCCCGUUGGGGAACCGAAUGAAAGGAAUUCCCACGAGGAUUCACGCAUAAUUUUUAUGGGAAUUUAUAGUAGGUGUAGUUGAGAAUCCACCCUUGGUUAUGGCUUAGGCACCUUAGAUUAAUUUAGUGCUAGAGCUAUUGAGUCCAUCAACUUGACUCGUGUGUGUCCAGUCGGUCAAUUAUUAACGAUGCCUUUGCCACAAUUUUUGGUGACAAUUAAUGUAAUAGGGGACUAAUUAUAUUGAUACAGUGAUUUGUUCUUCAGUCCUCCAGGUUCAGAGCCGUUUCCAGGUUACGUUAGAAGAAGUUCCUAUAUGUUUUUAAACGAGUAAUAUUUUUUAAUGAAACUUUGAAUCAUCCUUUUCAGCAUGCAGUCAUCAGUGUUUUCUGUUUUCUUGUUACACAAAUAUUUAUCUUUCAUUUUAAACAGUAAACUUGCACGAUUUUUUAACGUUUGGUGGUAUCGCUACACCUCUGCAGGUUCCGUCACUUAUCAUACCGAGCAAGAUGGACGUAUAAGUAAGAAGUAAUUUCUUUUCGAAGGAUGCAAUAAAAUCCGUGCAAUAGAGGGUUAAAUCGUAGCCAGAGUUAGUUGUAACGCGUGUCACGCGCGGAAAGGAGUUCGCGUAUCCGGACGGUUCUUUGAUAACGAACGCUCGUCGUAGAUUAUCGCAACCAGCGCUGAAUUAACAUUUUGUAGACCCUGGGCUACAGGUACUGCGAGACCCACCAUUAUCGUUUUCAAAACAGGAAAUAGUUGAAGAAUAAUUAAACUUCAUUUUACGAGGCUAAUAGCGAUUCAAAUUUGAACAGUUGCUUUACGCAAUUGUUGUUAAAUACAAAUAAAUCAGUAUUACAAAAUGAAGUCGCAGAAGAAGAAAACUGUCUCAUGCUUGUAAUGUUAUAGGUCCUCUAGACACCCCUGAACCUGUUCAAGCCCAUGUCUUAAUUCAGCCUUGAGUGUGAACGUCGACGUCUGACAGUCCACUUAUUCUUAUCUGUAGCACUAGAUAUACGUACACCUAGUAGAUACACUGUAAUAGUAGAUAUCCGUUUCUCCUAACGUUUGCAUCAGUUAACCGUGGACAUUUAUGAAACUGACGUAACGUAAUUCGUUGAGAAUGGAGACGAGCAAAAUUCUCAUACAGAUAACAAAAAGAAAUAAAGAAUGAACAACCGUUUUAUCUUUUACUCGUUGAAUAAAGAUUUGAUUCAUAAAAUUAAACAUUUUACAAUGAACGAAUAAAAAAUCGACCAUCUGAAACUUGUCUAAUCGAAUUAAAUUGCUGAAGAACUCUGUUAGUUAUCUGUCAUUCGAAUAAAAUUUUGCUCCUCUCUGGCUCAAAGUCCGAGCAUACCCGAACUCCUUUCGCAAAAAGCGUACGCAGCGACGUAGAACCGACGCCGUCGCUUCGUUUUCCCCUGCAACUCGUAUAACCGAAAUAUGUAUCGCAUAGAAUACGGGCUUGACGUAUGCGUUAGAGAUGUAUCAUCGAUCUUCGCCGAUCUACGUCAGAGUCGUCGCUGCUGACGUCGCGCCGUACAACGCCGUACGCCAAGCGCGCAAUAAGAAUCGUUAAUGUCGUUUGUUCUACUUCCACCAGAUGCUUCGUAGGGUCGUUUACACUUAACGGAGUAAAUAGAUCCGGAAGCGGGGACGACGAGUCGUGGACAAAUCAAAGUUCGACGUCUCAUCGAUCCGUCAUUGGAUAACUUUAGACACUAGUAAACAACGAGAUCGACAUUCUGUUUCAAGUUUCAGUGUUCAAACAUUCUGCACUAUUCAUUCUGAAGCAUUCCGAGAUAUUCUGAACCAUACUUUGAGCGCAGUCUUCGAUAAAUCAGAAUAUUACUUUCAAAUUUUAAUUUAUAUGAUCCGAACUAGAGAAAUCAAAUUUUCUUGUAUUUUCCUGAAACACCUCGGAUGUCUAGGUGAAACAAUUUCAAAUCACCCUACCACCGAUUCUACUUUCAUUAAAUUUCAUCUAAAUUUUAAAUCCUCGAUAUGCUCAUACAGAAAAAAAGUCUUGCAUAAAUAUUUCUUAUAAAAUUGAAUUAAAACUCGACUUAUAUUUGGUGAAAGUGAACAUUUUCGACAAAUCAUGCACGGCAUUAAUGAUUCUCAUCGCGCGUCGUUAUUCGUUCGAGCGAUUAACCGAGCAAAGUCAAUGGCACAACGUGGCUCGGAGCACCCGGAUCCACGGGAUCAAGUGCGAAAUGUUCAGAGACGAGUAUUAAGGACGUGGAUAGAGGCGCGCUCUUUUCCUCCCCUCUCAUUUUAUUAUUUAUUCGCGUUGCGUCGACCAGUACGCACGAACGACGAAGCUUUUUUUUUACAUUGACUUUUGAACAGGGCUGUGACCUCUUGUCGAAUUUUUCUGUAUUCCAAUAUUCGACGAAUACGAUUCGAAUACUAUUCGAGUACUUGCCUAUUCGAAUACUAUUCGAAUGUAGGACUAUUCGAAGGUUGAACUGUUGAAAUAAACUGUUCGUAUGUUGAACUCUGUGUUCGAAUGUUAAAGUAUUCAAACGCUAUUCGUAGUUUAUUCGUAGGAUUCGAAUACCUACACGAUAUUCGAAUAUUGACACUUGCCAACCGAUCGAGAGGGAUCUCCCUUUUCGCGUCCCGCAAACAAGUAUUUAUUAGUGACUGCAUGCGAUCUAAAAUCAAAGAUAAUAGCGACAGGCGCUAGAUGAGAGUUCAUUUUUCAAAAGAUGUACAUAUUUGAGAUCACUUGUACUGCUUAUAGAGCCUAAUUGCAUUUAAGAAAACAACAUUUGUACGUUCUUUUAAUAGGAACAAUAACUUCUAGCGACAUUGAUCUAAUUGCACGCGAGUUAGUCUUUUUAUUUUCACGUAACUAUAAUCAAUGAAAUGCUACCAAAUAUUUUUAGAACCAUCAUCAGGUAAUGCAAAAUUUUAAGAAAAUCUCGAAUAGUUUCACAGAGAUACAAGUAUUAUUUAAAAAUGCCACGUUAUUAAUACCCACAUAAAUUGUUGGUCUCCAAGUCAUAUUAUCGUGCGUAGUUAACGAGAACUGCGGUCAGCAAAGUGUUGAAUUAUUCGAAUAGUCCCAGCCCUAUUUCUAACACUCUCACAAACAACUGCGGGACGGUUUUACUUUUUCUAGUAGCUUACGUACGGGUAUAGAUAUGUAAAUUAUACUUAAGCGUCAUUUUUACCUACGAGCUGGGGACCGUUCGCGUUUUUAUUUUAUUCUUUUUUUUUUUUUUUUUUGUUAUUUGCUUUAACGUGCGUUCGUUCAAAUUUGCCACGACGAGAGAACGAUUUGUAAGAUAAGAGGUUUCGUCGGCCGAUCACGCGUGUACGUCGAUCGCCGAAGGGAGAUCUAACCCUUUGGGCUCGAGAGGUGACGAGUCUACGUCUUAGCUCAUUAGGCGCUUCUGCAGCGACAUAAACGAUCUUAGGAGCUAGUGAGACGUGCUACGGUGAGAUCGUCUCUCGAGUGCAAAGAACUAAUUCGAUAAGAACCUAAAUCGAGCGUGGAUCUUCACCGAGUUGUGGCCUUUUAAACUUGAGAAUCGGAUUGUCGGUGAUGAUCGUCGAGAAUAUUUACAAUUAGGCGUUGAAAACUAGUUUCGCAGUACACGUUAACGCAUCGACCGCCAUAUCGAUCAUUCGUUAGCGACUAUUUCAAAUUUCAUAAAAUUUUUAUAUAUAAUUGGAACAUCUCAAAUGACGAAUAAAAGACGAAUACCCUUUUUUAUUCGGUACCAUUUGAAUAAUAAUUUGAAUUAUAAAAUGGUAUUAUAUUGGACGGACAAGAACUUAUCCGAGCAAUCAUUCGAUAGAAUAAACGUCACGUAUAAAUCGGGACAUGUUUGAUUUCAUUCAUCGUCUAUUGUUUAAUAGAUUACUCAUAGCUAUCAUCUAUUAUUUAAAACCAACAUUCAUUAGAUUAAACCAAAUUUUCGCGUAGAAUAUUUUUGCUAAGACAAUUAUAGGAUUUCUCUAUGUUUAUUAUUUAUUAGAUGACGUAUAUUGACAAAGGAAACUCGCAUUGUUAAAAAUAAUAAACAGAAUUUAACCAAUACCGUAUCUGUUACAACUUGUGAGCUUCGAAUUCAAAGUUACACCCUCAGUUGCACCACUAUAUGAUGCCAUUUUUAAACAUUUUUAAUAGAUUUUUUAAUUCCAGUGUUCAUUGUCCAUUAUCUGUUAAUUGUUGUUAGUCUAGUUACAAUAUGCGCAAAGUGAUGUCAGUCUGUAUUAACAUUAGGCCAUUUCAAGGGUUUAUGUCACUUAUUAUUUUGCUAUUCGAAUUAAUCAGUCACGGCUUUGUGUUAUGAAAAAUCAUUAUAUCGUCGCUAUAAAGUUUCUCAAGAUUUUUUUUUUUUUAUAUAUUUAAACACACUCUGUGACACGAACAUAAGGAAUGAAUCUAAUAUAUACUAACAUGGAAAGACCUCUUGUAACUUGUUUAAAAUAUUGAAACUGAACAUUCAAAUGAGCUUGGUGGUCCAUGCGUUAACGAUCGAUUCGAUUCUACAGCAAACCAUUGGAAAAAUUGUAAACGCAAGUCUCCAUCGACGUAAUCGAUCGACGUAGCUUCGAUGGAAACUGUCGAUCUGUUCCUAGUGCCUUGUUGCACAAAAACGCAAAAAAAAAGAAACGUACAAAAGUGGUUACUAAUUAAGGGUAAGAGGCAGAAUGGCACGUAGGUGUGACGAUAUCGUGAUAACGCGCUUGCUAGUCUGUAAGGAGAUUCAGCGAAUGACACAGUCAGUGUUGUUUGCGUCAGCGCGCGAGAUUAGAUCGCUUAAUUGCAUCUUUAACCUGACACCGAGAAGGUCGAGUCCGACGGAUUUGACGUAGACGGGGGCGACUAUGUAGGAUGACAUCGAGGCCAAAACGGACCUCAUCAAAUGAAAAUUUCUUAUUUUUCUACAAUCGAAUCGCUUCGUUGGACGAACAUUUCGCGGGGCCAUGUAUCAUUGGUAGUUCCAAUUGGUAGACUCGGUUCGAAUGAUCGCUGUUUGGAGUGUACUAGAAAUAGGAAUGUAUAGGUAGUUUGACAAUUUCGAUCAGAAUUAGAAAACUCAAUUUUUGAGAGUGAUUUAUGCGAACUUAUUCCAAUUCUGACUAAAAUCGUCGGACAACCCCAAUAUUUUUAUAUUUGGGAUACUUGCACAACCCUAAUCUCUGCGAUAACGUGUCGGCACGAGUAUUUACUAGGGGUGUGCAGGAUCCCGGUCGGGACGAGAAUUCCUCCCGGGAUCGGGAUGGAAUCCCGAGAAUUUCAAAAUCUCGAAUACAUCCGGGAUUCCCGAGAAUUUCAAGGUCCCGUAAAUGUUCGGGAUUCUCGGGAAUUUUGAAAUCCCGUACAUUCGGAUUGCUGAGAUUUUCAAGAAUAACAACACUUUCGGAAAUCCCAGAUAUUAUUUUAUAUCCCGUACAUUGUCGGGAAUCCCGGAUUUUUGCGGGAUCUCGUGUAUUCUCGGGAAUCUCGAAUCAACUCGGGAUCCCGCAUAAACUCGAGAAUCUCGAAUAUUUUCGGGAAUCCCGCACACUCCUAGUAUUUACUCAUUUGAACCGAGUCUACCCUCAGGCAUGCUUCUCGGAGGCCAACGAUACAUAACUGACAGUUGUCGUUCAUCGUCAGAGAAAGAAACAGGGACAAAUGGAAUUCAAUCAUUAUACGUAAUAGGUGUUCGCUAUCGGAGUUAAACUAGAGUUCAAAAGUCACGGAAUAGUACAAAAAUAAAUAAGACUCGUAUAACACUUUUCUUUCUUAGAUCGGGUAAAUGCUUCUCGUAGGCGAGUAGCACGCGAAACUUUAACGAAGAUAAAACAUCUCUGAUUCGAUUUGUGUUCGAGCGACGUAUAUUCGAUCUUCGUUAUUCUCCGAACAAUUUCUAUCAUUCCGGUGUAUCGACACAUCAGAGAGUGCCGACCAUUCGUUCCGACUAUUUUCAAGUUACUAUUCGUAGGUACAAUUCGUUCUCGUUUCGAAAGCAGAGGUUGGCAAAAUUUUACUAACGAUACAUACGACUAAUGACUAGACUGCCCACGUUUGUGCAUUCAUGACAACUGGAAAUAUUGGGAAAUGCACAAGGAUGUGCUUAAAUUCAAAAAUUAAAAGAUAAGAUAAAGGAUACUUUCAUUUAAAUAUCAUUUUUCUAUCUAUUGGGUUAAUUCAUAAAUAUUUCUCGUUGCAGGUAAAUAAUGAUAAUAAUCAUACUUCAGGUAUGUAGAAAUUUUUAAAUGGGAACAAAUAAUAUUCAACGAUGAUAAUUAUAUUAUUAAUCAAGAUUUGUCACUUGAUAAUAUAACUGGAAAUAAAUUGCAAGUAAAAUACCGAAAUUUACUCAUACAUCGACCCAGUAUAUCUCCAGAAAUAUGAAUUUGCACAAACAUCCGCAGUCUAAUUAUCAAGUUUCGAUCCAUUCAAAGUAUAACUUCGCUUAAAAAUUUCGAAUUUCAAUUUUCAUUCGACAAACGACGCCUCAAAUUGAAGGAAUAAAAACACAAGAAGAAUGAAAUGAUCCUAAAAAGAAUAAAUCACACAAUUUCUUAUCUUUGAACAUCUUUACUUUAUUUAAAUAAGAAAUUUGCCCACUUCUAUCGAGAAAACGGUGUUCAGUGCCUUGGUUCUUUCGUCACACGGGAAUCGUAGGAUUAAGAUGAACAGACACUUGCGCGCGUCGUUCCGAUUUCAAAUGUAUCUUGUAUGCGAACACGCAGAACGACGCACGAUCACGUUUCGAAGACAAUAACCGAAGCCACGGUAUUCAAUCACCAUUUUCGUCAUUGCCGUUGCAGAACGCGCGUUCGAACGAGGAACGGAAACAAAAGCCUGUUUCCUCGUUGAACCGCGGUAAAACUGUUGAAUUUUUGCCAAGCUUCAUCCAUGUUUCACCCACCAUUCUUCUAUACUCGUCCAUUCUUUAUCCAUCAAGGUUUUUUCACGUACGUACACGUAUACACAGACACACGGACAGCCCAAGACGAUAGUCUCUACCAUAUUGUACGAUGACUUAUAUUUUUCGAACAAGAUCUUAAAAAAAAAAAAAAAAAAAGGAAGGAAAGACUUGUAUCUUUUUAGGAGAAAGUCGUGAUUUAUGGAAACGCGUCGCCGAGAGACGAAAUAUACAUGCUGUUUCGCCGCUUUUGUACUUCGGACUUCCAUAAACAAUCGCACACGCGCGUCUAUAUGUGGCAAUAGUUCGCCACGAAAAAGGGGACGUCGUUUCACGUGCACGCGUGUACCGUGCACGCGCUGUCAAUUUGUCAGUCAUUGUACCAAACAAUGUUACGAUAUUUAAUACACGAUGAAUCGAUUUGCAAAAGA